ACCGCACUUGCCAACUCCGCCUUGUGAGCGGGCCCCACCUCUCUCCCCGUCUCUCUCUACCUGCGAGAUCUCUCUCCCAUCCGUUCUAUAUAAGCUCGAAUGGUGGACGACACGACACACUCUCGCAGUCGCAGCAGCGUGUAGCUUGCCCGGGUGCGCCGGCCUCUUCCCUCGCUUCGCUCUCCCGGCAGCCGCUAACUAGCUACGCAAUCCAAAGCUCAGAGGGAGCUGAAGCUAGCUAGUAGCUACCAAUGGCUGCGCCUCCUCCUCCUCCUCCUCUUAGCAGCAGCAGCGUGCCACGGCGCGGCGCCGCCGCCGUCGUGCCGGCAUUGCUGCUGGCGGCGGCCAUGGCGAUGGCGGCCUUCCCCGGCGCCGGCGCGCAGCCGUCCCCGGGGUACUACCCGAGCUCGCGGUUCCGGCCCAUCCCGUUCAACCGCGGGUACACCAACAAGUGGGGCCCGCAGCACCAGACGCUCUCCGGCGACCACUCCGCCCUCACCAUCUGGCUGGACAAGACCUGCGGGAGUAGUUUCAAGUCGAAGCACGCCUACCGGAACGGCUACUUCUCCACCCGCAUCAAGCUCCCCGCCGGCUACACCGCCGGCACCAACACCGCCUUCUACCUGUCGAACAACGAGGCGCACCCUGGGUUCCACGACGAGAUCGACAUGGAGUUCCUGGGCACCAUCCCGGGGGAGCCCUACACGCUGCAGACCAACGUGUACGUCCGGGGCAGCGGCGACGGGCGCAUCGUGGGGCGGGAGAUGCGGUUCCACCUCUGGUUCGACCCCACGGCGGGGUUCCACACCUACGCCAUCCUCUGGAACCCCGACGCCAUCACCUUCUUCGUCGACGACGUGCCCGUCCGCCGCUACGAGCGCCGCACCGAGCUCACCUUCCCGGACCGCCCCAUGUGGGUGUACGGCUCCAUCUGGGACGCCUCCGACUGGGCCACCGACGACGGCCGCCACCGCGCCGACUACCGCUACCAGCCCUUCGUCGCGCGCCUCGACCGCUUCGUCCUCGCCGGCUGCUCCGCCGCCGCGCCGGCCUCCUGCCGCCCCGUCCCGGCCUCGCCCCGCGGCGCCGGCCUCACGCCGCAGCAGUACGCCGCCAUGCGCUGGGCGCAGCAGGGCCACAUGGUCUACUACUACUGCAACGACUUCCGCAGGGACCACUCGCUCACGCCAGAGUGCUAGUCCGCCGCCGGCCAUGGCCGCCGGUAGAUCUUGGCCGGUUGCGCUCCUGGUGGGAUGAUGAUCGGCGAGAUCUGGCGGUUGGCGCGCGCGUGCUCCGAGUCCGACGAUCUCUUUCUUGGCGCUGUUUGUUUCCUUGCCUGCCUUGGAUGUUUGCUAGUAUUUGGUUGUUUGUUUUUUUUUUCCUUGCAUCGAUCGAUCUCCCGUGAACGGAAGGCUAGUGAGGCCGACCGGAUCGAUCGAUCUCGAUCUCCCGUGGCUGCCCUACCACCACCGCCGCUCAGCUGCUAGCUAGUGAGGCGAGCCGGGCGGGGUGGUUGAGGCGGUUGGUCGUUGGCGCAUUUUGCCAACAAAAGGGGGUGUCGUCGCCGUCUGCCGUUCGCUUGUUCCGCUGCCUUUUUUCCAUUUGGUCAGUCUCACAUGCGUGCCGCCCCAAAGGGGCAAGCUUGCAUGAUUCAUGGCAUCAUGCAUGCCCACUGUAAUACGGAACUGGUUAUACCAUAUAUAUAUAUUUAAUAUGUAUACAU